AUGUGCGAGCAGGCAGCGCGCUACUGCCGGGCCGGCGUGCAGAGGCUGCUGCGCAAGCCGCCGCCGGCGCUCCGCGGGCUGGACGGGCUGCUGCGCUGGGUGGUGGCCAGGAUGAGCGAGAAAGGCGUCGCCGAGCGGGAGCUGCUCACCCCGGGAGCCGCCGCCGCGCAGAGGAAGGGCACCUCCGUCAUCCUCGAUAUUUUCAGAAGAGCUGACAAAAAUGAUGAUGGGAAGCUGUCCCUGGAGGAGUUCCAGGCCUUUUUUUCUGAUGGGACACUCAACGAAGAAGAACUUGAGAAGCUCUUUCAUACCAUUGACUCGGACAACACCAACAACGUGGACACCAAGGAGCUGUGCGACUAUUUUGCUGACCAUAUGGGAGACUACGAAGACGUCUUGGCCUCACUGGAGACGCUGAACCUCUCCAUCCUGAAGGCGAUGGACUACACCAAACGGGUGUACGAGAGCGGCAGCAACGUGGACCAGUUCGUGACCCGCUUCCUGCUGAAGGAGACGGCGAACCAGACCCAGUCGCUGCUGAGCUCCGUGGAGAGUGCCGUGGAUGCCAUUGAUGAGCAAACCAACCCUGCCAGGCACUACGCCAGCAAGGCUGGCCAUGGUCUGAUGGACACCUGGUACGACAGCCCCGUGCCCAGCUACUCUCCUACCAGCUGGAUGGUCCCCAGGGAGCACGGGAAGAGCUUCCAGACUGGUUCCCCCGACACCAAGGCGGAGGGGCUGGAGGGGCAGAUCAACAGGCUGGCCGACCUGAUCGGCAGGCUGGAGGACAAGACUCUCUGGUUUGACCUGCACCAGCGGCUGUCGGACAGCGAGAGCACAGCUUGCACGUACCUCCUCCUGGUGCGGGACGAGAUGACAGUGUCGCACAAGCACCUGGGCGAGUUUUGCAGCUCCCUGAAGCAGUACCUGAAGAGCGUGGCCGGGGAGCGGGACUGCUUCCACGUCACCGCAGUGAAGCUGCCCGACGGGGUCACCUUCAUCGUCUACGAGUUCUGGGAGACUGAGGAGGACUGGAAGAGGCAUCUGCAGAGUGCCACCUGCAAGGGCUUCCAGCACGUCAAGGUGGACACGCUGAGCCAGCCCGAGGCCGUCUCCAGCGUGGCCGUGCCAGCCGCCUGGUGCACCCUGAGCCGAGAGUGACCAUCAGUGCCGGGGGCCCACCAGCACC